UCGCAGUACCCGAUUCUAAGUACCGAUCUACCUAAUGGUUCCCCACCUGGUGAAGGUAUGACGAAGAAGGCGACUUCUAUGCAGGGAACAGCAGCAGAAGUGACUGAGCCGCGAGUACCAGCGAGUCUUCGCCGCGAAUUGUGCGAGUGAAAGAAGUGGUACUGUCAGUACCAUCGGCUGUUGGUGCUCUUGUUCUAGCUCUGAGCUUGGAUACGCGGUCGCGCUGAACUUUAUCUAGGCAACAACAGCAUGAUAUUUGGUCGCUAGAAGCCCAAGUGAAAUAAGAAAUAUGCGCCCUCCAAGUGUUUGCCUCCUGCUACCGCUAAUAGCCCUAGUUUCGUCCCAAUCCAACUAUGCCGACCAGGCCAACAGUAUCGGAUAUCAAGGCGAAGGCCUUCCGCCUGAAGCCACUCUGGAUGGCAAAGUCACCAAGCUGGAUGACCUCAGCCCGGUUAUAUUCCUCAACCGGACCAAGGCUGCACUCAAUUGCGCCGCCGGCUCCAUGCUGGUGGAGCUGAAAUUUAAUGACGCCUUCCAUGGAAUAGCCUAUGCGGAUUUUGAUCGCAACUCCGCAUGCCAAGUGACUGGAAAGGGAAGCCACAGCUACAAGUUGGAGCUGCCUUUGAAGGGAUGCGGCACCAAACAGGAGCCGCAGCGUGUGUUCACCAAUAACAUUGUGGUGCGGUUUCAUCCCAACUUAGAAAUGGAUGGGGACGAGAUUAUUACCAUUGUAUGCAGAUAUCCGCCUCCAGUAGCUCCAGUUCCUCCCAUUCCCUUGCCCAUUAAAGAAGCUGCUGCUCCGGUUGCUGCCCUGGAGCCCCCACUGAAGGGUUUCCAGAUUUUGCUCAUCAUCUGCGGAAUACUCUUCCUUUCGUUGAUGCUGCUUGGAUUGGGCUGUUCCUACUACUGUCUUCGACGCCGGCCAGUUGCAAUAAUCCGCCCGUUUUCCAGCAUUGGAAGCGACUCGGAAAUCACCAAACUCUCCGGGAGCUCGCUAGGUACGCUGUCGAUGUUUGAGGGCCUCAAAAUACCGCGCGCUCAUGCCCCGGUUGCCAUUACGGGAAGCAGUUCGGGAAGCGAGGAAGGAAACCUCAUCAGUGACACGCUGCCUUCGGAUUAUCCUUCUGAGUCUCACUCAGAAGUUGAGGAAACUCGAUCGCUGCCGGUUUCCUCUGCCGGCAGCUUUGAAAAUCGGGCAUUUAUCCAGGAUAAUGGCAGCUUUUUCGGCUCGGAAGGUUACGGGCACACUCAGGAGCAACAGGUUCAGAACGCAUCCUUCACCAGCUCCUCCGAAAUGGUUUCUCGAUUCCCCAUUGCCGUUAAAGGCGAACCGCCGAACUUUGAUGUGCAGGUUCGUGUCAAACGGGCUCCUCCAUCGCCCCCUAGUUUGUCGUUUUCUGACACUGAAAGCAUGAGGACUGAACGCAACCUGAGCACCAUUCCGGAGCAACUGGAAGACAUGAGCAUCCGAUCAGUUUCGCCUCCAAUCACCGAACGAACCCACUUUACGUAUGUGCCUGAACUGCAUCCGCCUCCAAAGCACAUCCAGCCUGCGCCGACCUUCAACAGAAUUCUGCGCAAGCAGCAGGAGAUGGCCGACGCCAGAUCGAUAGCUUCGCUCAACACGGAAAUGACUGACACUCAUUCGAUCACGGAGACUUUGGAUGAUUCUCAUCACAUGUUCAUAGCUCCAGUUCCUCCGCCUCCACCUCCAAUUGUUCCCAAACAGAACUACAUGGUGCAGAUGGAGCGACCUGGAAAACUGGAGCCGCCAAUCACUCCAAUGCAUAAGCCUGAGAUUACUUCGCAUGUGGUGGACGAUGUAUUUUUGAGGACCAUCACUGAGAAGAAGACCUUUGAGGAUAUUGAGAGGCAUAGAAGGUUGAUUACAGAGUUCCACGCCCGACCUAAACAGCCACCAGUGGCGCCAAUAGAAGACACCAAAUGGAAUGUGACCAUCAAGAACUACCCCGUGCAGGCGGAGCCUCCAGACUGGGAAAACUUCUCAGAUAUUUCCUCGGCUUCCGGGAUGACGUUGACUCCAAAACUGGAAAGGGCGUCGCUUAGUUUGCCACCUCAACCUCAAAUCGACGACAACAAGUUACCACUCAACGCCCCUGAACUAGUGAGCAAUAUCGGCCCUCGCACCACUAGGAGAAUGGUUACCAGCGAGUUCAGCAACAUCCACAGAGACAGUUUGCAUGCGGCUGAUGAAAGUGAAGAAACUUUCCUGUCCACCUUCAAUGUUCCCUUGGAGAACCCUGCGGUGCCCAACUGGAAUGUUUUAAUCCGCGUGCUGCAACCGACAGAGCAAGAGGAAGAAGGUCCCGUGAUUGAAAGUGCUGAAACUUUCAACUCCCAGUUGACGUUGAGCGACAAGAUGAAAUGGAGGCAGAUCAUCACCACUGAGUCCACGCUGCGCACCCUCCUAACCGAAGCGGUGGUGAAGGAGGACUUCGAAACCAUUCGAAAGGAUCAACGAUACGAGAAAAUCUUCGAGCCCCCCAAGUGGGACGUGAUCAUUCGCAUUCUGACUCCGAUCGACAGGCAGCCGAAGUCGCGGUUCAGAAAAAAGAGCGAUUGGGACAACCGCAGCCGAAGAAGCAGCCUGCCCACUUUGUAUGAGUACGACUCCGAUGGCGGAAGCAGCGUCAAGACGCUGACUAGGGACUCCAUGGUGUACCCAGCAAUGCCCCAAAGGUCCUCACGCUCCAGCUGCAAGAGCGAAGCUGACCUGAGGUCAAUGUCUGAGAUGACUGUGGACUUUGGUAGACCUGAUCAUUUCGACACCCAAUCGGAAGCUUCCAGCUAUUAUCCAGAUCGGCAGUACUACGAGGACUCGGAGGUGGAUGCUGGCUCCACCCAUGGAAGAUCCUUAGCCAGAUCGCUCAGCCAGCCGAGUUUAGCCAGAUCAGCAAGUGAAUUCACCGAAAGGUGGGUGGCCCCUUCACGUUACGACACAGCCAGCGAAUUCACCUCGCCAGAAGGAACUCCCAAGUCGCAAAGAAGCACUCGAAUGCAGCACUACCAUCUUCCAGCAAGCGACCAGCAGUCGUCCUGGCAAGCAAGCGAGUCCAGACGAACCACCAGAGGCCCAGCCGCCACGACUGAGCAAGUCACUCGAGAGUUCAGGAGUGAGGCCAAAACCAGCUUUAUGGGGCCACCACGGAAGGGCUGGUUCGGGGACAAUGAAAGCGAAGCCAGCUACAAGUAGCCAUGGAAGCCAUUUGCCUAGAAAAAGUCGAUUGCCAUUUUCUCUCCCAAGUUAGAUUAAGUUUAAUGCUUCAUUUGCGUGGUGAAAAGCCCCCAUAAACGUGCCGAUCUCCAGAGAACUGCGUGUUAAUUGUCGUGGCCUCUCUUUGUCGGCUUUUCUCAGGCGCAAUGACGCAAACCGUUUUCGAUAUAGGAAAUUUCGAUAAUUUAAUUCCCAUUAACCUGCUGAUGUUUGUAUCGGUCUCUGCACUUUGACUGUUCGAGUUGUACAAUAAUUUUACCCCUAACAUGUACUUAAUAAUUUUUUAAAUUGUAACUUGCUGUGAUAACCAUUUUUCUACUAUUUUUGCUAUUUUUUACCCGGGCGUUCCACCCGAUUUUUCACUUUUCCGUUGCGGUUUUGGUUCGCGGAAAACUGAAGAAUUGGGUACCUUUCCGAGCGCGUCUUUAUCGGUUCUAUUUGGCUCUAUGGAAAAAUAACACAAAGAGCAGCAGGUGCCAGGUCUAGAAACUUUUUAGUGCGCCUGUUGCCGGCCUCUCUUUUUGCUCAAUCUAUAUUUUAUGGGUGAAGGGUUUCUUUUUUACUUAACUUUAACUCUAUUUGUGCAAUGUUGGAAAAUUGCAAUAAACGUCUGGCUUUAG